GUCUAGUUGAUUUCAGUUUGGCUGAUUUGUUCCGUUAGAUCUAGUGGUACCGAAUGGACGCAUUGGCACUUGGAGACAAUGGCGACCAACCUGCCCUUCUUAUAUCAGUGGAUAUCAAAAACCUUUUUGACGGAAUUAUGUUUAGUCACCGGUAUACCAGUUGGGUUCAAGUAGAAGAUGCUCCAAGUCAGCUGGAAUCAGUAAUAUAUGUAUAUAUGUAUGACAGAGUAUUCCUAGGCAACUCAUACACAUUAUGUAAUGAAAAAGUGCAUACGGGACCAUGAAUCUCAGGAUUUGAAGUAAAAAUUAGUAGUCUUUCGUUGUACAUAUAGCAUGAAGCGAAAAACUAGAGGUUCAGGUUUACGCGUCAAACCGUAAGAAUUCUAUUAUUUAUUUCUGCAGUGCAAAAUACACCGGUUGCCAAUCUGGCUUUCGUAUACGCUACAAGGAGGACUAGUUUAUCAUUUCUUCCGCGUUAACAGUUCACAAUCACAGAUGUGAAAAAAGUCUUAUGAUAGGUGAUCCAUAUUUUAGAAGCCUAUCCGGGGAUGAAAAGGAGAAUAUUGCAGCAGUUGUGAAGACUACAUCUGAGGUUGCUGAUGUUUUGGAAUAUGCUGAAGAGAAUUUUAAUAAAGUUUUGACGAGCACAGAUGUGUAUAAUUUACGUAAGGAUGUGAGACCAGCCAUGCUUUUGAGAUCAGAUGUUAUGCGCAUAAUAAGGCAAAGUGGUCAGGUGGUUGAAUACGUGGAUUCGAAUACAGGGAUAACCAGCAGAAUUUGCUUCGCCCUGGAAUCACAGGUUCAGUUAUAUCGGAAAUAUGGAGAGGUGGUGACGGCAUAUACCUGCACCAAGUGGAUUAUACCAAUUCUACUUGUACCUGCAGAAUAUUUAGGGCACAAAGAAUACCUUGCCGGCAUAUGCUGCUAUGUCACACUCAAAUUCCUCAGUUUACAGGUAAAUCAAACUCUUACUAAUAUUUAAAUUAAUAUUUUUAGUUGACAAAGUAAUUCGCCUGUGUCGCAGAUGGUUUUGGCAGGAUCCGUUGCUACCAA